CUGAAGCCCACUUCACCUGGACACUAACUAUGGGGUGGACAACUCUGUGGUUGUGUGUUCUCGCUCUGCCACUAACGAGCGCCGUCCAGGUGAAAGCCAAGAAAGCUCGCCAGUCCAACCAUGUGAACAGCAUCUGCAGCACCUGGGGCAGAGAGCACUUCAAGACCUUCGAUGGAGACGUGUACCAGUUCCCAGGGACGUGUGAAUACAACCUGGCCUCAGACUGCCACUCUGAGUCCUACCAGGAGUUCUCUGUGCACCUGAAGAGGAACGAGGCUACUGAGACCGAGGGGAACCCUACGGUCAAACACGUAGUGGUCACUAUCAACGACCUGGUCUUCCAUCUGACCAAGACUCAGGUCGCGGUCAAUGGAGAAAUUGUAACUCUGCCGUACUACAAUGGAGGAGUCCAACUGGAGAGGAAUGCAGUUUACACCAAACUUUACUCCAAGGUUGGCCUGGUUGUCAUGUGGAAUGGAGAAGAUGCCGUCAUGGUGGAGCUGGACACGGAGUAUACCAACCGUACCUGUGGUCUCUGUGGAGACUUCAAUGGCCUUCCAGUCCACAGUGAAUUUAUUCAUGAUGGUCGUAAAGUGAGCCCCAUUGAGUUUGGAAACAGGCAGAAGGUCCACAGGCCCAACGAGGACUGUGAAGAUCCCUAUGAAGAGGAAGAGGAAGAUGAACCUGCAGACGUUCAGCCUAAAGAGGACACAUGCAAGGAGUUUCAUGCCCAGUGUGACCAGCUCCUGCGCUCGGCGUUGUGGAGCUCCUGUGGUGCGGUCGUGAACCCUGAGCCCUACAUCCAGGCCUGUGUUCAGGACCUGUGUGGCUGCAGCAACACUUCUGAUAGCUUCUGUGUCUGCAGCACCCUGGCAGAGUACUCCAGACAGUGCUCCCACGCCGGGGGACAGCCACCCCACUGGAGAACAACAACCUUCUGUGACAAGCAGUGUCCGUUCAACAUGGUGUAUCUGGAGAGUGGCUCUCCCUGCAUGGAUACCUGUACGCACUCAGACACCAGCUCCCUGUGUGAAGAACACCUGAUGGACGGCUGCUUCUGCCCUCACGGGACUGUGUUUGAUAACAUCUCAAAGCGGGGGUGUGUCACUCAGGACCAGUGUCAGUGCAAACACGACAAAGUUUACAACUCUGGAGAAGUAUUCAGACAGGACCGUGAGGAAUGGUGA